AUGGAGGAGAUGAUGGGGAGGAGAGUGGCGCAUGAAGAUCCUCUGGCAGUUUUUCUGGAUGGACAGCUGUGCUAUGAACAGGGGUUGUAUGAAGAAGCAUUUAACCUAUUUGAAAAAAUUGAGGAUACAGAUUUUCAAGCAAUGUAUCAGCUUGGUGUAAUGCACUAUGAUGGACUAGGCACUAACAAAGACCCUGAAAGGGCAGUGGAAUACAUGAAUAAAAUACUCCACUCUGAUUCUCCAAAAACAAGACACUUGAAGUUUGCCGCUGCAUACAAUCUUGGCAGGGCAUAUUAUGAAGGAUGUGGUGUUAAGCAUUCAACUGAAGAGGCUGAGAGGUUGUGGCUUAUUGCUGCAGACUCUGGAAAUCCAAAAGCAAGUGUAAAGGCCCAGAGUACCUUAGGAAUGCUUUAUUCUAUGCCAGUUCUAAAAGAUCUGAAGAAGGCCUUUUUCUGGCAUUCAAAAGCCUGUGCCAAUGGAAGUCUGGAAUCGCAGGGAGUGCUUGGUAUUAUGCAUCUCUAUGGACAAGGUACACGUCAAAACACUAAAGCUGCUUUGGAGUGUUUGAGAAAAGCAGCAGAACGUGGAAAUAGCUAUGCUCGAGGCCACCUUGUGGAAUAUUAUUACACUGGAAAAUUUUACUCAAUGGCUGCUGCACUAGGCAAGAGGACUACAGAAAAUGAUGAUCAUGAUAUGCUAGCCAAGGCAACUGAUUGUCAUCCAAAAUAUGUAGCCAAGGGGAUUGCUAUGGCAGCUUUCUACUUGGCUAGAUGCCUCCAGCUUGGCCGAGGUGUACAACAAGAUCAAGAUGCUGCUAAUAUAUACUACUCUAAGGCAUGCGAUCUGGAUCCUGAUGUUGCUUCUCACCUUGAACUGGCAGCUAAUCUUGGGAGAAUUUAG